CUCCCUUCCAUUUCCCUCUCCUCAUUCCUAUUGCUUAAGGCUCCAUCCUCAUUCUCGGACAACAUGGCGAAUUCGGCGUCUGGGAUGUCCGUGCAUGAUGAAUGCAAGCUGAGGUUCUUGGAUCUGAAAGCAAAAAGGAAUUACAGGUUCAUAAUUUUCAAAAUUGAGGAGAAAAUUCAACAGGUGGUAGUCGAGAAGCUCGGACAGCCAGAAGAGGGCUACGAGGAUUUCUCCUCCAGCCUCCCUGACAACGAGUGUCGAUAUGCUGUCUAUGACUUCGACUUUAUCACCGACGAAAACUGCCAGAAGAGCAAGAUUUUCUUCAUUGCUUGGUCUCCUGACACGUCGAGGGUAAGGAGCAAAAUGGUGUAUGCUAGUUCGAAGGAUAGGUUUAAGAGAGAACUCGACGGAACCCAAGUUGAAUUACAAGCAACAGAACCCAGUGAGAUGAGUAUCGACAUUGUGAAGUCACGUGCAAUGUGAGAUUAUUACAUUGUAAUUCGCAGGAAUAUUUUCUUGCGUGGAAGGUUUUAAUGUAAGACCUUCAGUUGAGAGGUUGUAAUACUAUAAUUUGUAUCCUUUUCACGUGUAAUUUUGUUUCCAGGUUCUGUGAACUCAAUUGCCUCGUUGUUGAGGUCCACUAGAACAGGAAAAUUUCCAAUUUCCUGCAGUUAUUAAGUUCAUUUAAUUGAAAACCAAUGUGAACGUUGGGUUGCAAGAUCUCUCCGUGUGUGGGAGAAUGUUCUGUAC